AAUAUGUCAAGUUCCUUCCAAGUGAAGCUAACCCCACACGGCAGUCUUCGUGAAGGUUCUGGGUCACCCGCACAGACGGUCGGCACACCGAGGGCCGACUCUGCAUGGCGGCGGCGAAUGGAUGGCGCAACUGUACAAAAAGUAAUCUGUCAACACCACGUCUCACCUCCACCACCCCCCAUCAUGGCGAGGCUAGUGGAAGACAAGCAGAUCGCUAAAUCGAGUCUACACCAGCCGCUCCCCUGGCAAUUACAUCUUUAUGUUUGGCCAUUUCUGAUCGUCUACCCGGCGUUCUCGUCCAUCUACUUCCCCAAGGCGCAGUACGAGCAGUACAUCCAGUCGCAGGAAUGGACGUUCGUCUGGGUGGGCAGCAUAGUCACCCUGCAGUCGCUGGUGUGGCUGCUGACACAGUGGAACAUCGACCUCAAGACAGCCUUCACGACGACCAAAGCGAACGACAUCCGCACCGCGCGGCUCAUCAAGGUCCAACCCAUCGAGAACGCGGGCGCGGCUGAGGUGUGCGCGCUCAGGCGCGACAACGUGGGCGGAAAGCCGAACCUAUCGUUCCUCUUCCAGAAGCGCCGCUUCCUCUGGGACGAAACCAAGGGCUCGUUCGCCCCGCUCUCGUACGCGCUCGACAGCGAGCCGAAGCCGCAGCUCAAGACGCUGCAGCAGACGCAGGGCCUCGUGUCCCCCGCCGACAUCGAGCGCAUCGCGCAGCACUACGGCGACAACGCGUUCGACAUCCCCGUGCCGACAUUCACGGAGCUCUUCAAGGAGCACGCGGUGGCGCCCUUCUUCGUGUUCCAGGUGUUCUGCGUGGGGCUGUGGAUGCUGGACGACUACUGGUACUACUCUCUGUUCACGCUGUUCAUGCUCGUUAUGUUCGAGAGCACUGUCGUGUGGCAGCGCCAGCGUACGCUCACCGAGUUCCGCGGCAUGAGCAUCAAGCCGUACGACAUCCUGGUGUACCGUCAGAAGAAGUGGCAGGAGGUCGUGAGCGACAAGCUGCUGCCCGGCGACGUGGUCAGCGUCGGCCGCACCAAGGAGGACUCGGGCGUCGCCUGCGACAUGGUGCUGCUGGAGGGCUCGGCCAUUGUCAAUGAGGCCAUGCUGUCGGGCGAGAGCACCCCCGUGCUCAAGGAGUCGGUCCAGCUGCGCCCCGGCGACGCGCGCAUCGAGCCCGAGGGCCUGGACAAGAACGCCUUCCUGUGGGGCGGCACCAAGGUCCUGCAGGUCGCGCACGGCAACGCCGCAGAGGACGACGCCAACACCGUCUCGCGUCUAUCGUCGGGCGUGCCCCCGCCGCCGGACAAGGGCGCUGUGGCGGUCGUCAUCAAGACAGGAUUCGAGACCAACCAGGGUAGCCUCGUCCGCACCAUGAUCUACGCCACCGAGCGCGUCUCCGCCAACAACGUGGAGGCGCUGCUCUUCAUCCUGUUCCUGACCGUCUUCGCCAUCGCCGCCUCGUGGUACGUCUGGCAAGAGGGCGUGCGCCUCGACCGCCAGCGCAACAAGCUCCUGCUCGACUGCGUCCUCAUUGUCACCAGCGUCGUCCCGCCCGAGCUCCCCAUGGAGCUCAGCCUGGCCGUCAACACGUCUCUCGCCGCGCUCAGCAAGUACGCCAUCUUCUGCACCGAGCCCUUCCGCAUCCCGUUCGCCGGCCGCGUCGACAUCGCCUGCUUCGACAAGACCGGCACACUCACCGGCGAGGAUCUGAUCGUCGAGGGCAUCGCCGGCCUGUCGCUGGGCCAGUCCGGCGUGCCGACAAGCGCUGACGGCGCCCACACCGAGCUCACCAAGGUCAACGAAUGCGCCACCCAGACCACCCUCGUCCUUGCCACCGCACACGCCCUCGUCAAGCUCGACGAAGGAGACAUUGUUGGCGAGCCCAUGGAGAAGGCGACAAUCGAGGCGCUCGGCUGGAAGGUCGGCGUCAAGGACAUGCUCAACGCGUCGACCACGACCGCCAAAUCGCACGCCGAGCUCGUACAGAUCCGCCGGCGCUUCCAGUUUUCGUCCGCGCUCAAGCGCCAGAGCUCCGUCGCUACCGUCUUGGUCAACAACAGCAACGGGAAGAAGGUCCGAAGCACGUUCGUUGGUGUCAAGGGUGCGCCCGAGACGAUCCGCAAGAUGCUGGUCAACGCCCCGCCCAGCUACGAAGAGACCUUCAAGCACUUCACCCGCAACGGUGGCCGUGUCCUUGCUCUUGCCUACAAGUACCUCGCUGAGGAGGGCGAGUGGGGCCAGAACCGCAUCAACGAUCUCAAGCGUGAGCAGGUCGAGUCCGAUCUCCACUUCGCUGGUUUCCUCGUCCUCCAGUGCCCUCUCAAGCCCGAUGCCAUUGAGGCGUGCCGCUCGCUCAAUGAGUCUAGCCACCGUGUUGUCAUGAUCACUGGUGAUAACCCGUUGACUGCCGUCCACGUCGCUAAGCAAUGUGAGAUUGUCGAUCGCGAAUGCUACAUCCUCGAUGCUCCGGAGGGGCAUGAUGAGUCUGGCAAAGCGCUUGUUUGGAAGAGCGUCGACGACAAAAUCAACAUCCCCGUUGAUCCUACCCAGCCUCUCUCUGCCGACAUCAUCAAGUCGAAGGACAUCUGUAUCACCGGCUACGCCCUGGCCAAGUUUGUCGGUCAGCCUGGAUGGAAGCAGAUCCUCCGCUACUCUUGGGUCUACGCUCGUGUAUCGCCCAAGCAGAAGGAGGAGAUUCUUCUUGGUCUCAAGCAGAUGGGCUACACUACUUUGAUGGCCGGUGACGGAACCAACGACGUCGGUGCGCUCAAACAGGCCCACAUUGGUGUCGCGCUGCUCAACGGUACCCGCGAGGACCUCGACAAGAUUGGCGAGCACUACCGCAACACCAAGAUGAAGGAGAUCUACGAGAAGCAGUGCCAGAUGAUGACCCGCUUCAACCAGCCCCAGCCUCCCGUUCCUGUCCACAUUGCCCACCUGUAUCCUCCCGGCCCCACCAACCCGCACUACGAGAAGGCGAUGCUCCAGCAGGCGCAGAGGAAGGGCCUGACCAAUGGCGCUGUCAAUGGUUCUACCGAAGUCGCUGCUCCUCAAGAGAAGAAGCCCAUGGGCAUCCAGGAGCAACUCAGCCAGAAGAUGUUGGAGUCUGAGCUUGACGAGCUCAACAACGAGCCCCCGACAAUCAAGCUCGGUGACGCCUCUGUCGCUGCGCCCUUCACAUCAAAGCUCGCCAACGUUGUUGCCAUCCCCAACAUCAUCCGCCAGGGUCGCUGCACACUCGUCGCGACGAUUCAGAUGUACAAGAUCCUCGCGCUCAACUGUUUGAUCUCUGCCUACUCUUUGUCUGUGCUGUACCUCGACGGCAUCAAGUUUAGUGACGGCCAAGUCACCAUCUCGGGAAUGAUGAUGAGUGUCUGCUUCCUCUCCAUCUCCCGCGCAAAAACCGUCGAGGCCCUCUCCAAAGAGCGCCCACAACACAACAUCUUCAACACCUACAUCAUCGGCUCCGUCCUCGGCCAAUUCGCAAUCCACAUCAUCACGCUGAUCUACGUCUCGCAAUACGUGCAGCGCGUGGAGCCUAAAGACCCGAACCCCGACCUCGAGAAGGAUUUCGAGCCGAGCCUGCUCAACUCCGCAAUCUACCUGCUGCAGCUGAUCCAGCAGAUUUCGACCUUCGCAAUCAACUACCAGGGCCGGCCAUUCCGCGAAUCCAUCCGCGAGAACAAAGCCAUGUAUUGGGGCCUCGUCUCCGUGUCCGCGGUAGCUUUCAGCUGCGCGACCGAAUUCGUCCCCGAGAUCAACACGAAGCUCAAGCUCGUGCCGUUUACAAGCGCGUUCAAGUUCAUGAUCACGACGGUCAUGGCGGGCGAUUUCAUCGCGUGCUAUAUCAUCGAGAAGGGGCUCAAGCACUUCUUCUCCGAUAACAAACCGAAGGAUAUUGCGGUGAGACGCCCAGACCAGCUCAGCCGCGAGCAGGACCGCAAGAAAGUCGAGGAAAGGGAGGCGCAGGAGAAGAAAAAUAGAGAGGCCGAGGAGAAGGCGAGGGCUUUGGGCGUCUCGCAGGUCGCUGCCGCGGGUGUCCGGGCUGCGGGCCAGAGAUGAGGUGGUAGAUGAGUAAUUUGUGCGUUUUGGGUGCAUAGAACGUGGUGCAUAGAACGUAGACCGUCCCCUGUAGGGACGCAGUAGUAACAUCGUGUUUCUUCCCUCGCUCUGUUUCUGUAUCUCGUGCCUUGGGUGUCACGUGCUGGACUGCUGAAACGCAUAAAUAGGCUGAACAUGUCUGCUCCCCUGUUCUG